CUUUUAACUUUUAAAGCAGGAAGCGCAACAAGCCACUUCCGGGGAGGGAAAGCCGCUCUCACCUGUGUGCAAUAUGGAUGCUGCCAGCGAAACCGAAGAGCUGGUUUCUGGGGAAGUGUUGUCCAUCGCCCAUGCGCUUUCUCUCCCCGCCGAGUCAUAUGGCAAUGACCCUGAUAUUGAAAUGGCUUGGGCCAUUCGAGCAAUGCAGCAUGCUGAAGUCUAUUACAAACUGAUAUCAUCAGUUGACCCACAGUUCCUGAAACUCACCAAAGUAGAUGACCAGAUCUACUCUGAGUUCCGUGAAAAUUUCGAGAAGCUCAGGGUAGAUGUAUUAGACCCAGAAGAACUCAAAUCAGAAUCAGCUAAAGAGAAGUGGAGGCCAUUCUGCUUAAAGUUUGAAGGGAUCAUAGAAGACUACAACUAUGGUACUUUGUUGCGACUGGAUUGUUCCCAGGGGUACACUGAGGAAAACACCAUCUUUGCACCCAGGAUUCAAUUUUUUGCAAUUGAAAUUGCUCGGAACCGGGAAGGCUAUAACAAACCAGUUUCCAUCAGUGUUCAGGACAAAGAUGGAGAGAAAAGAGCUGACACUAAAGAAGAGGAAGCUGAGAAAGGAGCUGAUAGUGGAGGAGAAAAAGAGGAAGGAGUCAACAGAGAAGGAGAAAAGUAGAAAACUAACCAGGGAGGAGUAAAAGAAAGCCAAGAAACAUGGCUCAGCUGAACCCACAAAUAUCAGAUGCUAUGGGCAUGGACACCUUUGAUUAAACGAUUGCCCUUGCACAAAUGGAAGACUCAGAAGGACAUCUUUCUAGCUAGUAAGAGAAGCUGCUCUGGGCAUAAUGGCCGUAAACACAAUAGUGGAGUCUCUUAGAUAAUUGCCUGAUACCAUGUUGCUUGUUACCCUGUAAUUGCUGAAGUACAACAUUUUGUAAAUAAAUUCUUUUGGUUUGUAUUAGUUAUAACUGA